CCUCGCGAAUUAUUUUCGCAUGGGAAUAAAAGUAGGUUUACAGAACAUGUUUAUCAAACCUGUGGGUUUCUCUCGAUUAUAACAAGUAUCCAUACUUGUGACAUUGAUAAGGCCAUUACCAAUAAAGAAACGACAAUGAAGAUUGCGUGCGUCCUGUUGUGUCUGCUGACGGUCUCUGUAUCGGCCUCCGACUACUGUCAGGAACACGCCCCCGCGGGAGCCGUCAAUGGCUGCAGUGUCCCCCUCCUACACUUCCAAUACGAGCCCCAGUUCACGCCCUCCUGUAAUAAACACGAUAUCUGCUACCAUUGUGGACAUCACUUCGGAAUAACAAGAUCGCAAUGUGACCACAAGUUCCUGAAUAACAUGAAGGCGACAUGUGUCUCCAAGAAGAGACUGAUUAACUGCCAACACUCUGCGGAGGCUUUCUUCGCCGCUGUCCGUACGGCUGGGGGCUUGUUCUACAUGUCUGACACACCCCACUACUGCAUAGAGUCGUGGGUGAGGCACUGUCUCACCUGAAAAGUGUUGCUUUUUACCAACAAUAAAACGGAUGUAAAGUC